UGCAGGCUGGGCAAGUUAAAAAGGCCAAUUCCAGUGUCCGAGCUCGUUCAAGGAGGACUCCAGGAAAAACCCAUAGUUGAGUUUCCUUUCGCCGGCUGGAGUGGUGCGGCGGUUCCCCGGAGAAUUACAUUAUAUAUGGGAGAGAGGGCAACGAAGCCGGAGACGGAGAAGGCGAUGGUGAACCCGAGAGCUGAAAUCGACACCUCUCCGCCGUUCGAGUCGGUUAAGGAGGCCGUCGCCCGCUUUGGCGGCAGCGGCUUUUGGAUCCCCCGCCACCUCCUCCCUCUAGCUCCUCAUCUUCAUCAUGGAAUCGAGGAGUAUGAUUUGGAGAAAGUGGAGGAGCAAGCGGCGGAGCUGGAGAAGGAUCUGAUUGUGAAAGAACGGGAAACUCUCGGCGUCUUGAAAGAACUCGAAGCCACGAAGAGAUUCGUGGAAGGGUUGAAGCUCAAGUUAGUGAAAGAGGUGCCGAAAUGCGAGGCGUCCCCAUUGUUGAAUCCGACGUCGGAAAGCAUGAGCCUCUGCCCCGCUCCGUCGCCCGGUUUUAUCUUGAUGGAGCUGAACCAGGCGAAGUUCAAUCUGAACAAAAGCAGUAACAAUCUCGCUGCCAUUCGAUCUUCUGUUGAAUCUUUGAAUAACAAAAUGAGAAAGGAGAAAAUCUCCCCGGAAAAGCCUCCUGACCAUCGGCAAAUGCCAAAUCCUGCAGGAGCCAUCGGGAUCCCCAUGGAAGAGAAGCUCAAGGCUGAUCCCAAGAAUCUGCAGAUGAAUUUCGAGGUCAAGCAAUUCAAGCACAUAGCCGAGGCUGCGAAAUACGAGGUGAUGAAGGCAAUGUCGGAGAUUGAGCAGACGAAGAACAGCAUUAACAUGGUUGAGAUGAGGCUGGUCGCAGCCAGGAAGAUGGAGGAAGCUGCUAGGGCGGUUGAAGCGAUUGCGUUUGCCGAGAUGAAGGCGCGAUCGAUCAGCGAGUGCUCGUCCCACCACCGACAGCCGGAGGCUGGGGGAGUAACUCUUUCGUUCGAGGAAUUCUCGUGCCUCACCUCAAAAGCUCAGAAGGCCGAGGAGCUGCUGCUGAAGAAGAGAGCUCGAAACGCCAUGCGUCGAAUUCACGACUCAAAUGGAUCGGAAGAAGCGAAGCUUGAAGUUAAGCACGAUCAAGCAGAGGCUGCAGACAAAACAGAUUCAAAUUCAAGCCCGAAACAAAUCAAUGCAUCUCCGGGACACAAUCCAAUGUUCAAAUUCAAGAAUUCGUAUCCAUCUUAUGGGCACCGGGAUGACCCCGAGCCGCCCGACGCGAACGAGUCCAGUCCGGUUGUUGAGGAAAAAACCGUGCCGGUUUUGAGGUCGACGAUCUCGAUCGGGGAUAUAUUGAGUAGGAAGCUGAUUCUGCAGGAUGAUUUUGUGGUGGGAAACCACGUGCAAGGCCAUGGAGAAAGGCAACAGGUGUCUCUGAGCCAGAUGCUUCAUGAGCAGAGCGGGGUGAUUUUGCAGCAGCCGAAGAAGCGCGGGAAAGAAGGGGUUGUUCACAAGCAGUUCUUCUCGCAGAGGAAGAAGUUUGGGUUCAUGGACAUAUCGCUGCCACUGACAAAGCAGAGCAAGAAGAAGACGCAGCAGCCUUUGAACGUGAUGAGGUAGUAGUGAUAAUAUAUGUGGGUGGGUGGGUGCGUUCUUGCUGCUUCAUUGUGGUGUUGUGUUUGGUUGUUGUGACUUAUGGUGUUGAUGAUCCAUGGCUUGAGAUAUAUAUAUAUAUAUAUGUUGGUUUAUGAAUGAAUGAAUUAUAUAUGCUGCUGCUGCUUUUUGUUUGUACUCAGUUGUUAUAUAAUAAUUAU